GUAAAUUUAUUGGGAGAGGGCCACAGUUUUUGAGGCAUUCUUAGAGAGUCUUUGCACCCACAGAGACUUAAGGAUCAGUGAAGGCUGAUGCUCAGUGAGCAAGAGGUUAUCAAGGUCAUUUCUGCUCCUUGAGGAGCCUGGCCUCAGUCAGCCUUCGGACUAUUGGGUGAAGCAGGAGAUGGUGUGGUCAGUGGCCCUCUUGAAAGAUCUGUUGGAGAAGCCAUCAUGAAGGUCCCAACGAGGCUGGGUGACACUCCAGAAUGGGAGACAAGCCAAUUUGGGAACAGAUUGGAUCCAGCUUCAUUCAACAUUACUACCAGUUAUUUGAUAACGACAGAACCCAACUAGGCGCAAUUUACAUUGACGCGUCAUGCCUUACAUGGGAAGGACAGCAAUUCCAGGGGAAAGCUGCCAUUGUGGAGAAGUUGUCUAGCCUUCCAUUCCAGAAAAUCCAGCACAGCAUCACGGCACAGGACCAUCAGCCCACGCCAGAUAGCUGCAUCAUCAGCAUGGUUGUGGGCCAGCUUAAGGCUGAUGAAGACCCCAUCAUGGGGUUCCACCAGAUGUUCCUAUUAAAGAACAUCAACGAUGCUUGGGUUUGCACCAAUGACAUGUUCAGGCUUGCCCUGCACAACUUUGGCUGACCUCCUCCCAGCCAGGCACUCAUGCUGUUUCCUUCUCCCUCCUCUUCCCGAUACUAUUCACACUCCUCCAGAUGCUCCAAAUAUCAUACACAAAUGAGCAGGGCCAUGGUAGGAGUGGGCGCAGUUUGCUGCUGCUACCUAGGUAUUGUGCAUGAUGUUUGGAUGCUAGGCUAGUUACAUCUGACAGGAGAAGUUUGUGUUGUACCAGCGCAUGCCUUGGAAAGACUUAAGUAAUGCAAAAGGUUGUUUUUGUUUUGUUUUUUAAUCUACUGACAAGUUGCUCUAGUAACCCAAAGAAGUGAAGGAGAAAGCAGCUGCCUCACCACCCAGAUAUUGAUUUGUUCAGAUGUUUCAAUGCCUCAUGAUACAAUAAAACCACAAAAAUUUUCUUAAAAGUUUAAAUUGUUUUAAUUAGUUUAGUAGUUGGCUGGGCAUCAAUAACUACCCUGCCCCAUUGGCUCUCUCAUGUCUCACCCUCCCACUUCUACCCCAGUUCAGCAAUACCUGUUGCAAGGAGAAAACUGCUGAAGCAGCACUCCCAGCUAGCUUCUUUCAGAAGCCCUGUAGGGCAUAGUGUUGCCUUCCCCAGACCACCUGGUCUUGGAAAAGUGAGCUGCAAACAGAGAACUCACAUCUGGCCUGAAGCUUCCCUUGCACUGAAGCCCCUGCAGUCAGUUCUGACACCCCCUGUGACCUCUACACUGAGUAGGGUCAGGACUCUAGUAACAGGACAGAUGACACAGAAUUUCACGAACAUAAAGAGGCCCUGGCAAAAAUGACCCAUCACAUUCAGGCUCUCUAAGCAAAAGUUUGAGGGAGAGGGGCCUAUUUUAUCCCCAGAAGGGUUAGGAUCACAUUCAGGGUGCCCCCAAAACCCCACGCCAAGAAGAGAGCAGUUCACCUGCUUUUGAUAGCCUUGCUCAAAGGCAGGUGCCCAGAACAGCCAGGCUGCAGUGCCUACAGAUGUAGGCCUAGUUGGUUGGAGUGUAGACUUAGAGCUAUGAAAGAGGGCAAUCAGUUUGAGGGAUUUGUGCUCUAGGAUUUCUCACCCCUCAGACCUCUCUGCAAGGCAUCUUUAGGCCUCCUUUUGCCAUCCUCACCACACAGCUUCUCACUGUCUUCAAAUCCCAGGAAGUCUUAGCUAUUGAGGCAGUUUAUGCUCCUCAGUUUUGGGGUACAGAGGCCUUGCCCGUGGAAAAUCUAGCCCUGAGACCUGGUGGCAAGGUAGCAAUCACAGGCUAAAAUCAAACCCAGGACUUGGGCCGGUGCCCUUUUAGGGGCUUUAGGAUUGGUGAGAGCACCACAGCUGUGCCUGAAUUUCUGUAUCCCCCUUUCCCUCUACUGUGGAUGGAGGUCAAGGACUUCCUCAGGUGCCCAGAGGUUGCCUGGCUAUACUGGUCACAGGGCUGGACCAUGUGCUGUUUGAGAAGAGCAUAUUUACAAGAUUUCAGUGGGAUUGAUAUCUAGGCUACUAUGUAUUCAGGGUUGGGGAAGAGAGGUAGGUGCUUGCUGCCUCUUAAACCACCCUGUAUAAAAUCUGCAAUACGGCUUCUUCCAUGUACCUGUGCCUGAAAUGUCUGCAAUAAA